CUUUGACUGCUGUCCAUCUCUUUCCCUGGUCCCCGCCUGCUCCUAGUAUCUCAGAAAAGGCCAUUGUCAGGAGGAAACUACAACGGCAACGACAACGUCCCUUGAUCCAGUCUUUAUCGUUCAAUUUAUGACUUAAUCCACUGAAAUUACAUUCCAUUUAUCGAUGUCUAGUCAGGAGUGGGGAAUUAAGGACGACAACAAUAAUAAUUACAAUCAACAAAUUGAAAACUUGAGACUUGAGGUACAUUCCGCGACAACAUCACCUGGACACCCUUUGAUCGAAAGAACCUCGAUAUUUGCCGCGUCUUAAAGACGCUGGCAUUUCCAAUUUUUCACGCAUCAGCAUAGCAUAGGACAACAAAAUGUUAAGACCGGCGACUCCGUUAUCGCUUUUGCUGCUCGCUGCAUUUGCAUGCUUGCUCGUGUCAAUUCUAUCAACUCCUAUAAUCAAGUCGAUACCCUUGGCCUCUUUCGAUGGAGUUCAGUUUGGGGUCUUUGGUUUUUGUAAAGGGAGCACUUGUAGCAAUAUUGAAAUUGGGUAUAGUACUGAAAGUCUUUACGAUGAAACUCAAUCAGCUACAUUCGAUCUCUCUACGAGUACCAGAUCAACAUUAUCUGCUAUUCUCAUUAUCCACCCGGUAGCUGCGCUAUUCACACUUAUCAUGCUAAUCCUAGCCAUCGCCGCUCACUUCCAUGCACCUUCACAUUCCCCUCGAUACCUAUUGGGAAUAUUCAUCCUGAGCAUCUUGACUUUGAUUCUCACCCUACUCGCAUUCCUCAUCGAUGUUCUACUCUUCGUACCUCACAUGGCAUGGGGUUCGUAUGUUGUGCUCGCCGCCACAGUCAUUAUCGCCGCGAGUGGUGUUGUGUCAUGCGCUAUGCGCCGAACAUUGGUUAGUCGAAAAGCAAGGAAGCGUCGUAUUGAGGAGAACGCAGAGAUGAACGGGGAGAAUUUCUACAACCGUCAAGGAAAUGAAACAAUCACUCCGGUCGUCACUGACACCAGCAUUUCGAAAAAUCCGGCCAACGAGAAACUACCAACAUUUGCCACAUUUGAUGCGAAUAACAAUGAACGUACAAGUGACGAACGGAUACCUUUGACUACAAGAACCCCGACCACUGAAAAUUCUCCUACUAAUGUCCCUGGUGGAUCUAUUAGGAGUCAGGGAAUGGACGGUUACAAUGGACCACAAUCAGGUACCCCAUCUAUAGAUCAAUACGGAAACCCAAUUCCGAUGAUGCCGAUGAUGCCGCAAGUAGGAAAUGCAUACGGUAUGCGAAACCGUGACCAAUCUGCUGGGCCACCAGGACAGGCAUUGAGCCACCAGUAUUCUAACACUUCCAUGAAUUCGAGAGGGCGAGGUGGAAUGCCACCAGGACCACCAGGAAGAGGUGGUUAUGGACCACCGAGGGGCGUAUAUAGAGGAGGUUAUGGGGGCCCUCCACCAGGCCCAAAUCGCGGAGGGUAUGGCUAUGGUCAGCCAAGAGGGGGUUAUGGUCCGAGAGGUGGGUAUGGUCCAAGAGGUGGCGGUUACCCAGGCCCGUAUAGAGGAGGGAUGAACAACGGAAUGAUGGCGAUGGGUAACGGUGGAAGAGCGCCCCCACCCGGCUAUGACAGCCGAGGACCUUCUGAUCCCUCGGCGCCUAUUGGUGGAUUCAGGGGUGCUUCUCCGGCGCCUCCCGGUGGAUAUGUUGCAUACAGGCCAGAUGAGAUAAGACCCAGUAGCUUACCUCGUGCCGAGUCACCUCCGCCUUUGGAUGAUUUGGAAAAUGUUGGCAUGGUUGGACAGGCGAUUGAAAUGGAUGCGACAACAGGAAGUCCAUCACAUCCACCUCCGGGAUUCGUCGGGCAAUUUGGCGAUCUUAGAGACAGUGAUGACGACGUCGCUGGAAUGGUGGGGCUACAGCAGCAAAAAAUACAGCAAAGGCAUGAGACUUUGAUUAGUGAGACGAGUCAGUAUAGCCAAGAUGAAUACGUAGCACCAAGACAAGUAUGGGGACAGCAAGCAGGUAGAUCAUCACCUCUGAACCCUGCCUCACAACCUGUCGUCGAACUCCCUCCUAGCGAGUCUUCUCACAAACGAGAUAACUCGAAUGAUACUUAUUACGAAGACGUUGACCCACGUUUUGCCGAUCCAGCUCCAGCUCUAGCUCCAGCUCCAGCGACAAAAUCAUCUCUAACAAUUCCCGCCGCCCUCAAUAUUGCUGCACAGUCCUCAAAUAACCGCUAUGAUCCUAACACUCACCUUCAUCCAAAUCCGUUGGGCAACUUAGAUGGCAACAAUUCUUACAAUUCUUUAGAGGAGCUUCAGUCGGGGCAACGCUCUCCAGCUGAAUCCGAGAGGUCUACCUUUACGUCAGUUUCACAACGAGGGAUCAAUCCCAACUGGAACGGAGGCGCUAGUGGCUACGCGGGACCUCCAAUGCCGAAUAGAAGGCUUGCUCCUCGACGAGAGGAUGUUCUCUUGAACGACAAUCCAGACUUCGCCUUGCCUACAGGUCGUGGUGGUCGAGGACCGCCUCGUGUCAUGCGUGGUGGCAUGAUACCGAAUUCCGCCUAUCCAGGUGCCAGCGCUCUUUGAAUUCGGUAUUAUUUAUUUUCAAAAUCUUUUGGCCGUUACUCCCACAUCUUGUUUUACAGUUUCACUUACCUUAUGACCUCACCAAAUCGGCUCGUAAAUAAUGCCACUGUUAUUUUUACUUUGUUGAUAUAGAGUCGUACGACCCAAGGCGUUUUGGUUCUUUCAAACUUCUAAAGCAUACAUUUUAUGAGAUGCACAGUCAUUUGGGCUAACCAGUAUCACCGCUUUGUUCUUUUGUUCAUAGAAUGGCUCCGAACUUGGUGAUACAUUUUCGACGAUUGUGUAACAAGAAUUUUGUGUAGCAAGCCUUACAUUUUGGCCUCUGCUUUGGGAGUUGGUCUUUUGCAUUCAAGCGAAUUUGGGCAGGGAACUUUGGGCCGCGUAUGGCUAGCUGGUCGUUGGGCUUUGGGCGAUUGGUAAAAAAUGGUGAUCAAAUGAAAUGGAACUCUGGUGCACAGCAGUUAAUUUGACUAGGGAGCGCAAAGCUUGAGGUUGAGGGGGGGGUUGAAAGGGCGUCACACAUUAUCGUGGGUGAGAUGGCUACAUGUUCUACAGACACAUGAAUACUUUAGCUAGUAGAGAACAAUCAAGUGGACGUUUCGGAUAUUUCAGAAAUGAUGUUAUUACAAAUAUGAGUAUUGAUAGGAAUAUGUAUAAUGGAAAUGUGUUCUUGAUUCUAAA